CAGGCCCGUUACCGCGGCAACCAGCCGGGAACCGUUGGCCCUUGCUCCGGGAUGCCUGGGAGGGCAGGCCGGGACACUUCCACGUGUGACAUCCAGGCCAGGCCUUGGCCAGGGGCUUCCGGAGAUGGCACUCCCCACACUGCCCUCCUACUGGUGCAGCCGCAGGCUCCUGGAUCAACAGGCGGCGCGACAGCGACAGCGAGAGCAGGAGGCCCGGCUUCGGCAGCAGUGGGAGCAGAACAGCCAUUACUUUAGGGUGUCUGAUAUCUGCAGCUCCAAGCAGGCAGAAUGGAGCUCCAAGACCUCCUACCAGCGGAGCAUGCACGCCUAUCAGCGAGAGAAGAUGAAGGAGGAGAAAAGGAAGAGUCUGGAGGCCCGACGUGAGAGACUCAGGCAGCUUAUACUUGAAGAGCAGGAACUUCUGGUCAGGGAGCUGGAGGAGCUGAGGCUGAGCAUGAAUUUGAGGGAAAGAAGAAUCCGGGAGCGCCACGGGAAUCUGAAAUCUGCCCGAGAAGAGCAAAGGAAACUGAUUGCUGAACGACUUUUGUACGAGCACUGGAAACAGAACAACCCAAAGCUUCGAGAGAUUGAGACGGACCUUCACCGGAAACAUGUGGUAGACUCCUGGGAAACACAGAAAGAAGAAAAAAAGCAGCAAGAAGCCACUGAAGAGCGAGAGAACAAGCGGUAUGAAAAUGAGUAUGAAAUGGCCCGAAGGGAAGCGAUGGAACGGAUGAGAGCAGAAGAGGAGAGGAGGCAGCUAGAGGACAAGCUGCAGGCCGAGGCGCUGCUGCAGCAGAUGGAGGAGCUGAAGCUGAAGGAGAUGGAGGCAACGAAACUGAAAAAGGAGCAGGAGAAUCUCCUGAAGCAGCGAUGGGAGCUGGAGAGGCUGGAGGAGGAGAGGAGGCAGAUGGCAGCUCAGCGGCAAAAGGCGGAGCUGGGGCGCUUUCUGAGACACCAGUAUAAUGCACAACUCAACAGACGCACACGGCAGAUCAAAGAGGAACUGGAGGCAGACAAGCGGAUCCUGCAGGCGCUCCUGGAGGAGGAGGACCAGCAGCAGCGCAUCCAGGCGGCCCGCCGGGAGCAGGCUGUGACUGAUGCGGUCCACAUGAAGCAGGUCAUUGAGGAGCAGCUGCGGCUGGAGAGGGCGCGUGAGGCCGAGCUGCAGGUGCUGUUGAGGGAGGAGGCCAAGGAGAUGUGGGAGAAGAGAGAGGCUGAGUGGGCCCGGGAGCAGAGCGCGCGGGACAGACUGAUGUGUGAGGUUCUGACAGGGAGGCAACAACAAAUACAAGAAAAGAUUGAACAGAACCGACGGGCACAAGAGGAAUCCCUAAAACACAGGGAGCAACUCAUUCAAAAUCUUGAGGAGGCGAGAGAGUCAGCACGGCAGGCUAAAGAGGAGGAUGAAGAACUGAAGUCCGCCAGGAAGCAGGAGCUGGAAUCCCAGGUUGCAGAGCGCCAGCUGCAGGCAUGGGAAGCGGACCAGCAGGCGGAGGAGGAGGAGGAGGAGGCCAGGCAGGCAGAGCAGCUCUCCGACUCUCUGCUGCAGAAGGAGGCCGAGAUCAUGGCUGAGCGGGGCUACCGGCCCAAGCCUUAUGGACAUCCCAAAAUUGCUUGGCACUGACUGCUUUGGUACCCUAAGGACAGAGAAAGAUGCGAAGUCCUUUGACACAAAGCCACCAGAUAAUCGUCAGUGACCCAAUCGUGCACCAGACAACUGUGCAGUGUCUGUUGAUGACCCCUGGCCGGGUACAUGACCAAGUACACUGAUGGCCUGGCCAGAUGACAGGGUGCCCUGGACGUGCAGCACCGGGAGUGGCCCUUUCCUGCCUUUCUCAUCCAAGACAAGUCCUGUAUAGGCUCACGUUUACAGUGCUGUCACACAGUCCUGAUUUAUAAAUAAUGCAGGGUUUUAGAUGGAUCCCAAAAGGUACAAGUUGUAUUCCAUGACAGAUACGUGCUUUCCUGAUGUCAGCCUCUUAAUGAAGACUGGCUAGAGAUGGAAAGGAAGUUUUGUUUUAUUGGAUUUUUUUUUUUUUCCCCUUCUCAGUGCUGUGAAUUUAACCCACAGCUUUGCGCCUAUUAGGCAGGUACUGAGCUAUCUCCUCAGCCCAGUUUUUCAGUUUUUAAAAUUGCCAUUUAAAUUAAACUAUUCUAUUUGGAUCCCCAGUACCAAAAUAAAUAAAUGAAUAGGGCUGGGGGGAAAAUACAGUAAGUAAACAAAUAAUAAAAUAGUCUAUUGAAAACAAACUUGGAGGUCUUGCAGUUUAUUUCAAGUUUACUCAUUUAGAAGUCCCAAAGGAAGAAUAUAAUUUGGGUUUUUUUUCGGGGGGGUGCUGGGGAU